UUUGCUGAGGAGAAAGAGGCGGGUUUUAGGACCCGUCUGCUCAUUUGUCUGCUGGAGUAAUAAAAGUUGGGCUCAGUGCGCCGCCGCCGUGCAGCUGUCAGACUGGAAGAAGGUGCCGGAGAGAGCAGCAGGAGUGUCCGUGUCGGUGGUGCCGCAGCUCAGGGAGGCUUCACGGGAAGCCCCCCCAGCAGGAAAACCCGUGAAGGGGAAGAGGCGGUCUGCUCUGUCGGCGCUCCCCACCGGAAGAAGAGAGGCGGCGGUGGAAUGUCAUAAUGGGACAAAUCAUCUCCAGUCASCCGCUGCUCCUCCUGCUGCACACCUGAACCUGCACACAGGCAUCCCAACGGGACACUGGCUUUGGCGGGACCCUGAUUAGUGAGACCACCAGCAGACCCAGGUCACGUUGAUGCUGGUGGGUGCUCCCUGACACUGUCACCUGCUUCUGCAGCCUAUCCAACCCUCCCAUCUGCCAUGGCUAUGAGCAGUGACCCUGGCUAUGAGAGGCGGGACCCCACCUCCUCCCCGCGCAUGAGUAGUCUCACGGACAUCAUGGCUGCCAUGACGACAAAAGACUCGGACAGCUCGGCCCCCAACGGCGUAAAGAACGGCAAGGCUCCGAGGGACGGGAAGCAGGCCAAGAGGGCCCAACGGCCCCACCUGACCGGGAGGAAGCUGUCGCUCCAAGAGAGGGGUACCUAUCAGCCGUCAGGCUCAGAGGAAGGAUAUACACACAUUUCACCUCGGGGGGCUCGCCGCCCCACAGUGGAGUCCAAACGGGUGUCCAUAUCAGACACUCAGGAUUGUAUCCAGUUGAACCAGUAUAAGCUGAAGAGUGAAAUUGGAAAGGGCUCCUACGGCGUGGUCAAGCUGGCCUACAAUGAAGAUGACGACAAACACUAUGCCAUGAAGGUGUUAUCAAAGAAGAGGCUAUUGAAGCAGUGUGGUUUUCCGCGUCGCCCUCCUCCAAGAGGACCAAAAGCAGCUCAAGGAGAGCAGCCUAAAGUGCUUGGACCUUUGGAACGAGUUUACCAAGAAAUAGCCAUCCUUAAAAAACUGGACCAUGUCAACAUUGUGCGACUGGUGGAGGUGCUUGACGAUCCGUCAGAGGACAACCUUUACAUGGUGUUUGAACUGAUGCGUAAAGGUCCAGUGAUGGAGGUGCCCACAGACAAUCAUUUUACAGAGGAACAGGGACGUUUAUACUUCAGAGACAUCAUCCUCGGUAUAGAGUACUUGCACUACCAGAAGAUUGUCCACCGUGACAUCAAACCGUCUAACCUGUUGCUCGGUGAUGACGGUCAUGUGAAGAUCGCUGAUUUUGGAGUCAGCAACCAGUUCGAGGGCAACGAUGCUUUACUGUCCAGCACUGCAGGCACUCCUGCCUUCAUGGCUCCAGAGACGUUAUCAGAGAAACGCAAGAGCUUCAGCGGAAAGGCGUUGGAYGUGUGGGCCAUGGGAAUCACCCUCUACUGCUUCGUCUUUGGGAAGUGCCCGUUUAUCGAUGAGUACAUUCUGGCUUUGCACAAUAAGAUAAAGACUAAGCCUGUGGAAUUCCCAGAAACACCGGACAUCAGCGAAGACCUGCGGACUCUGAUCUUACGGAUGCUGGAUAAGAACCCAGACUCCAGGAUUACCAUYCCUGAGAUCAAGGUGGAGCAGUGGGUGACCAAGGGCGGCACUGACCCCCUGCCUUUGGAGGAGGAGCACUGCUCUGUGGUGGAGGUGACAGAGGAGGACAUCCAGAACUCGGUCAAGUUUGUCCCUAGUCUGUCUGCUGUGAUCUUGGUGAAAGCCAUGCUGAGGAAGCGCUCGUUCAGUAACCCCUUUGAGUGCCCGAGCAGGCGGGAGGAGCGCUCCAUGUCUGCACCCGGCAGCCUGCUCAUGGAUUCAUGGCCCCUCCGGCCCUCUCUAAAACUCCACCCCUCACGCAGAAAGAGCAGCUCAGGCGACGGGCCCAGGGAGGGAGAGCUGGAGGACCUGCAUGAAGACGAGGCCUUCUCCUGAGAGCAAAGCUUCACCACCAACAUGUUCUGCUUCACACCCUUUUCCCUUUAAACCACUGUGCUCUCACACACCCAUCCAUUCAAAUCAGCAGCGUUCUAUAAAAAAAAUCUUUAAGAUAAAAUAUUGCCUGUAAAGCUCCUAAACCCCGAGUUUGGUCUACAGGAUUGUCAUGAACCACUGACUGAUGAACCAAUGAAAAGAACAUUCCUGAGCGUUACCUGUUCAAUGAGAUGCAACUGGAAUUYAAGUGUAAUGUGAAGAAAAGCAGGACUUUUUAAUGUUAUUUAUGUGCAUGGUGAUUAACACUGUCAGACUGUCCACAUGUCYGUCAGGACAGGAAACACUGAAUGGACGCUCGUCUCGCUCACGUCAGCAUGUUGAAGUCUCUUCAGUGAACAACAGGGCUUUUUUGUUUUAAAUACAGUACAUAUAUGUAAAUACAGUACAUCCAUGUAAAUGUGCUCAUUCUGUCUGUGCCAUCGCUAACUUUUCCACAGAAUCAGGACAGACCUGAAGCUGACAGGAGGAGCCUGAGGAGCAGCAGCUCAGCUGGGAUGUGGGAUUAUUUAUGUGCUAGCAGGUAUUUUACGCGUCUACUCCWACUUUAGUCCUGCUUUUUAUUUUUGAAUGUUCCAAUACAUGUGGAUUUCAACUAAAGCCAGAUUUGGACAGACAAGUCUGAGAUCUGAAUCAAAGCUCGAAGCUCUAAAGAGUUAAUAGAGUAUUUUUUUAUAACUUUAUUUUCUCCAACAUCUUCCAAAUAAAUCCUGUAACAUUUUGAACACCAGGGUUCUGCAGCUUUUGCAAUUUAGUCAUUUUUGUUCCUUUUUCCACUAAAUCAAAUCAGCUCUGAUCCACAAAAUUUGAAACUGAAGAUAACACAACUCAAUUAGUGUURCAUAAAUACUACAUAUUAAAACUAUAGCUUGUGGCAUUGUGAAAUAAAUCAGUAAUAAACUUAUUGUUGGUAUUUUAAGCUCUUAGAACAUGCAAAGUCUUAGGGAAAAAAUAGAAAAAUGAAACUUUCAGGCCUCUUUAAGUCUAUUCUGUAUUUGUCGCAAAUGAUAAAAAAAUAGGCCAUUUAGUUGGAUAUUUAACUGUGAUGUAAAUUUCCUCAGAAAUCCUCAAAUCAUUUCAGAUUACUUCAAUUUUAUUUAAACUUUUUAAUGUAAGCAAUUUAUGCUAAUUAUUGGAGUUCAUCAGUAUCACAGGUUUAUAUUUAAAUGUAUUUCAUUUCAUUUUAGUGUUUUUAGGCCGCUGCCUUUAACCAACAUUUGUUUGUGAAUUAGUUUAAAUAUGGAGGAAAUCAGGCCUGGUCUUUACCAUAAAUGAAACUCCUAAAGACUUGAAAAAGUUUAGUUUUUUUUUUAUCAUUAUGAGUUUAUUUGUCCAUGAGUCUAAGGGUUGGUUUUAAACUACAAUAAAAUAUCAGUUAAAGAUUUUUGAGGUUUGUUUACAKAUGACUUUUAUCUCUACUGUUGAUUUUCACUCAGAGCUGAACUUAAGCCGAUCUCUAAAGGAACAAGUUGGUCUUUUUGUAGUGGGGUUCUGUGGAAAAGUUAGAAGCAUCUUACCUGUUGUAGAUAGCUCCUUGAAUCACCUGGGUUUAGAGAAACCGUUACGCUCCAGGCACAGUAGAAUCUGAUUGGUUCAUUCACACAGUAUUCUACAACCCUUUCACUCUGCUACCUGUGACGCAUCACACAGGUGUUUAUUUUGACAAGCUAAUGCUAAAACGCACAGUUCUAACCAGGGUUGAACAAAUCAUCAYGAUUAGUUAUGGCUUUUUUUCCCCUUUUAUUUAACCAAAUUUAAAACCCCAUUUAGACUGAGACGUCAUUGUUAAGGAGGACCUGGGCACAAAUAAACAGCACACAUGAAAAGAUUACAUAAGUCACAACCAUAUAAAAUAGUAUUUAGUAGGGGCGCAACGAUACUGAAAAUACAUGAUUCAAUACGUUAGGGUCACAGAAAUGUCCACGCCCUUCUUAACUUGCAAUUUAUUGAAAGUAAUUAUGAACAUUUGUUUAACUUCAAAAGUAGUUUUUAAAUGAAAUGUUGCUGAAACAGCAAGUUUCUCAGUGGAUCUGUGCUUGAUGAUGCAGCCUAGGUGGAGUAGUCGAACACAGAUCCACUGAUCCUUCCACACAGUGCAUCUUCACAAGACAAGAUGAUAAAACACAUUUUAAAAAUCUGUAUUGUUCCAUACAUAUUGAACCUAAAGCACUGCACAGUGAACAGUUUGAUGCAGAUGCAGGAAUUGUUGCUCCCUUAAUAUUUAGCUGAUGAUUAAUAGAUGGCAACUGUCAUCUAAUAAUCAUUGCAUAUUUUUGACUGUAAAUCUGAGAACGUAUUCAUUUUAACAGCUGGAUUCUGACCUGAGUWGAUUUGUUUCCACCAUUUGCUGGAGGAGAGUUUGUUUAGCCUGCGUUACCUCGGUUGGUUCACAUAUUUAAGCUUUCCUUGUACUCCAGUCAGUGGCCGUGUUUCAGGCGAUUAAACAACCUAAUAAAUAAUCAAAAUAAGUAAGAUUAGCAUUAGCUGCUCCGCCUUGCACCAUUGUUGUUAUAUUGGCUCACGUGCUUGAUAGUGAGCAUUGCGCACGAUGACACAUCGUCACACAGCACUGAUCGCAGUAAUUACUAAAUGCAAWUAUUAACAGGUGACGGUUUCUCUGACRAUACAUCGAUGUGAUUUUGCACAAACCUAGUUCCAAAUCAAAUGGUUACGCCUUAAAAACAACUCAACUUUUUAUCACUGAAAUGUUCCUUCAUAAACCCUGACAUUACUGCUGUUUUACAAUACGUAGUUAUUUAGAGUUUUGUUGGAAAGGCUGAGCGAGCUGCUGCUGUUUACACAAAAUUGUGCAAAAAAUUGUAGAAAUUUGUGACGAUCACGUCGAACCAAGGAUCAGGCCCCAAAGUGGUCUGUGGAGAAAUAGCAGCUACAAGUGCGUUGAUUAAAACAUUUGCAGCAAUUAAAUUGAGUCAAAAUCUAAAAAAAUAAAUACUUUGUCUUUGGAUGUUUUGAAAAAACGGCCUGAAAUCUAAUCUUUAAAAAGAUUUUGAAUAACUUUUUGAGCAGCAACACAAAACACAAUUUUGAGCAAAGAUGCUUUAAAUUUUUUCGUGUUUUCCCAAAGAUCGUUUUCUUCCCAGCUGAGAAAUCUAAAUAUCUUAAAACUAUUUGAAGUUUAUUUAAUAAUGGCGWCAGAAAUUCCUUUUUAGAAUAAUCUAAAAAUAGGAUUCAGACCAAAUAUCAGCAGGUCGGGAGCUGUUUAUCUCAGGAUGGUCCAGGGAUCAACAUGUAGCUUAAAAAGACAAGAUCAGGUCAUUUUGACCAAAUUGGAUUUUAUCCUCAGUUAGAUGUGAUGGGUCACACAUGUACAUAAUAAUGGAAAUACAUAUGRAAGAUUUGCAAACCCACUGAACCCCACCUGUAACUAUCUUUUAAAAACAAAAUAUUGAAUGAUUUGUGUGCGUUUGAACUCUGGGUAAAGUUUCUUCUGCCUCACCUCGGCUCCUGAAAGCUGAGGGGAGAUAAACAAAGGACAAAUGUUCAUGUUAUGAUUUGUAAAACCCUGUGUGUGUGUGRUGUGGUGCGGAGCAGUGAGGGUUGUAAUUUAUUAGAUCUCUACUUAGAUUUGUUUUAGAAACAAGUUUCCCCACAGCAGAGAAAUGGUUCUCAGCUCSUGUUUCUGAUAAGAGACGCUGUUUWCCCCUCCUGACCUCAGUAUUUCACAGUUAUCAGUAAAACUAAAGCAUAAAAACCCAAUGAUGAAUGGUUAUAAGAUUCUGAAAGCUGCUGUCCACUUUAUAAUGUGAAAUUUGGAGAAUGUAUAGCUUUUUCUUAUUUCUAACUUAAUAGAAGAUGAUUUUAUUUGCCUGCUUGCUGAGUGGCCUUCACAAAGGGCUCUUAAAACCAAAAAGUGUGACUUUGCUGUAUUUAUUUGCCUAAAACCUGUUUUAACAAAAUUCUUAAUUAUAUUUAUACUGUAUUUUUAAUCUAAAGUUGUUUGUGCAGACACUUGGUAAAAGGGAAGUCUUUAGCGUCGGCGUGUUUUUGACUCAUUCUUCUUGCCACAGAUCUGUUUAUUCUUUAAAGUGGUUUCAGAUAAAACGUCUCAGCUUCGCAGCUUUUCUGCUCACAUGUUAAAAUCCUUUCAAACCAGCCGCUAACCAUUGUACAGUGAAUGAGUUCACCUGUAAACGACCAUGUUUGCUGUGCUUUUUGAAGCAGUUCUCUUUGCUACUGAUCUGCAUGUCGCACCUGCUUUUUUAUUAGUAUUUUUUUACAAACACUUUCUCCUGUUUGUUACAGCAGCAGCACACAAAAAAAAAAAGAAUACAAAUGGCUGCUUUUGUUGUGUUUGUACCGGAGAGGAAAAAAUUAAAUUCAGUUUUGUUUGAUCUUUCUGCUGUAAAGAUGCUUCGGACCAUGAAUAUUUUGUCAUGAUGGAUUUCCCAUCUUUCCAACAUGAUUAAUCCUCUGCAGUAASACAGAUCUUUUAGGUUCUCUUUAUUCUGUCUGUGUGUUUUGUGACCCUUUACUACAAUGUUGGUUUGAUUUAUUCUUCUUGACGUUCUCUUACGUUCAGUGGAAGAAAAUCAGAUUGUAUCUCACUGGGCUGAUUGUUGGCAGCGAGUUGGGCUCAGAAUUGUGAGAAAAUCAAGUUUUCACUCAGAAUCAGACUGAAUUCGUAUGUCAGACAUGUUUCUUGUGAAACUUCAAACUGCGAUGUUCAUAAUGUACAAAUUUCUUUUGCCACAAUAUUUUUUUCCAAUCAGUCAACAUUUGGUUCAUAGCGAAACUCUCCUGAAGUUUGAUGUUAAUCUAUCUCACCCAUCAUUGUGCCUGGUGGUGGAUAAAAUACAGUAGCUGUCUCUGUCAGGAUCCGGCACUCUGCGUAGCCUCAGACAAAAAACAGCGAGGUUCGGUUGCCUUCCCUGUUCAGUUUCAUCUCAAACAGCACGUGGUACCGUUUGUUGCCUUUUUCUGACAGUAUCUGGUGUGAUCAUCUGCCUGGUCAGGAUCAGGACAUCUUAUGGGAACCAACCCAGGUCCUAAUGUUGGGUUUUUUUUUUUAAAUUUUUUGAGUUUAGGUUAGUUAGGUUAGGCGUGUUCUAGUAAUAGUGAGGUCAAGUUUAGGCAACAUAAUGGAAUAAUGGUUAAUGCAACAAAUAUGCAUGUGAAUGCACAUGUUGUURCUAACKAGUGGGGACGAUUUUUGACCAUUUYCCCAGUACAGCCUGGUSAGGACCCACUGUUCCUUAUGUGGAUAAAAGUCYGGUCCCYAUUGGGGGAAAUACCRUUGSUGGGUCAGGGKUUCGGUUUAGGACUACUGUGUGAAUUGAGUUUAGGUUAGGAUUAGGGUCAGGGGUCAAGUCCCCAUGAGGAGAGAACAAAAAAUGUGUUACAAAGUUCAUUAACUGUUUAUUGACGAGUAAAGAGAUGUUAAAWAUGAUGCAACAACGUCGCUCUAAGUUGGCUCUUUAACUAUAUUAGGCACAAAGAGUAAGGAAACCUGUUUAGUAGAUUAUUUCAUGGUUGUAACAUUGCUUSGAGGUAAUAAAUCUUACAGCAGAUUAGGGCACCUGGGUGGACCAGAAGCUUAAAACAAGAGUCAAGARCAGCAGAAARAUAAACUGUACAUACAKUUUGKCAGAUUUUUCAURUGCACAACCAAAAUACUUYGCUGUAUUUYUCAUCCCACAAAUGCAUGUUCCUUACAAAUGUGGCUCCAUUUAAAAGGCAAAUUAAGAGGCUUUCAAAUGGUGUAAGAUUUACUGUCAAGAAGCAUUGUAACAACAAAAAAGUAGUCUACCARUCACAAAUUCCUUCUUAUUCCUUCCUUUUUGUGCUGUUUUUUUUUUAAACUAGCACCAGUCCUGAUCUAGAACUGGAACCUCUCAGGUAGAAGAACCCUAUCUGUGACUAAUUUAAGAGUAAAGUUGUGUCAGACUCUUUGAACAUGUGAGGACUUUCAGAACGUGCAUGUUAUGAGACAUUUUUGCAAAUGUUUYCAACUUGUCACAAACAGAUGCAGCCCAGGGAGAUACAGUCUGCGACGUCCACUGACUUCUUAUUUUCUUUCAGAUUUUAACACUUUGUAGUGUUUUUACUUUGUUUAUCCAUGGUUUUUGCACAUCUGCAGAGUUUUACACAAAGUAAGCGAUUAAAGAGUCUCUGCAGCGG